CGUGUGCACACACUAGAGGCUACCCGUAGGCCAGUCACAUUACUGAAGAUAAGGAUUGAAAUUUAUUAGGUCAUUUCCUUUUUUUAGGUUUAUCUUCAACCAGUUGCCAGCAUUCUCAUUUCUUUUUGGUCCAAAAAGAGUCAAGAUGUUGACAGCCGCCAUCUUGCUCGCUACCCUGAGCCUAUCGUCUGCUUUCUUACAGUACCAGAACGCCAUCCCUAACGGUCACCUGGUUCCUCAUCCUUGCCUGAUUGGCUACUGGGCAGGUGUGGGCCACUUUCUUGCAGAUGGCUCUGGUCCUCGUAACGAGUUCGGCCUUGACUUUGCUGCCGCUGGUCACACCUGGACACUAGCCUUGUGCCUGAAGGAUUCAGACCUUGACGGGCUGUCCAAUGGUCAAGAGCUUGGUGACCCCAACUGCAGGUGGACGCCAGACCGUCCUGGUAACAUCGUGGCACCACAGACCCAUCCAGGUGUAUGUGAACCUAUCGGCAGCCCCAGGUGUGCAUGGCAGGGUUUCGAGUGUGUUGCACCGUUGUAGAUCUCCUCCAAGAUUCCAUUAAACGUUUACAAUUGUA